AUGUCGGCUUCAGCGCCGAACGACGGCGGAGCACCUCAGCGGCCAGGCAGUGUCGAGCCAACUCUUGCCGAGAGCUCAGCCUUUCCUUCCUCUCGAACCUUGAACUCGGCCUCUCGUGCCUCCUUCUACACCGAAGCAAUGACCCGUCGAUCCUCAUUCCAAAGCGCACAAGCUAGCCUCUAUCACGACACGGAAGGCUCAGUCCAUUUCACCGAUGCACAUGAUGAUCUCAGUCUCCAACACGACCUCGACAGCGAUCUAGAGGCUCCCAGUCAACGCACGCCGAGUCGCGCUGCUCAUCGUCCACGCUCCGCUUCGCCCUUCGACUAUGCUAGGCCUGCAUCAGCUGCCAGUAUUACAGAUCCCUCGACGACCACAGCGGCAACAAGGUUGAGCUCACAGAUGCAGCAAAGUGGCGAUCGAGAUGAAUCGGAGACCACCGUUGACGCUCCCGCACCCACUUUAGGCAGGAGACCUUCGUCACAGAGGCAAUCCAUCCAGAUCAACAGGCCGCUCUCCUCCAUGUCAAGGCGUAGCAGUACGAGCGAAGAUCCACAACAUCGUCUGCGCGAUGCUGCUACUGCCGCUGCUCGCCGGUCGUCCAUGUCACAUCGACGUCAUUCGCAGCAGAUCGACCAGCUGGCGAACAGCAUCAGCCGUGCUUCUACACCGCAUGGCUUCCGCAGCGACGAGAACGAGCAUCAUGCAACGUCUCAGCCGAGGUCCAGGUCAGGCAGCUCGUUGGCCCUUCGCAAGUACGAACAGGAUGCUGAGUCGUUCAUCAAACGUGAUGCAACCAAAGAUCGAGGCUCGAUCUUGCCGCCAGCUGGAUUCUUUGCGCCCAAGAAGCCAUCAGCACGCAACUCGACAGGCAACCUGCUUGCUGCCGCUGCCGCAACAACGUCCCCGCAGGCUGGUCGUAGCACUACUCCAUUGAGCUUCUACUCCAAUGGGCCGUCAGUGGCGGAGCAGGACAAGAGAGACCGUCAGGCACGAGAGGAGAUCUUGGAUCUCGAGCGCAGCACAUUGCCAACCGGACAAGACCAGCAGGCAGCAGGUACUGCUCCUUCACCCAGUCCUUGGAGUGUUGCAGCUUCACUUCACUCGGUCAACUCUACGAGUCAGCAUGCCACAGCCGGCUACCGUGUCAAUUUGUCGGAUCGUAACUAUACCCAGGGACCGAACGAUGCCAAUGUACCUCGGUCUCCAUUGGACCCCAGUGACGGUUUCCCAACGCCCUCAGCUCAACCUUCGCCGCACUCGGUGGUGAGGAUGAUGGCUAGCACUGAUCCGCUUUUGCCCGCAAGAACCAUCUCUAAUGCUGCGGUGAAUGGGGCACCUGCUGCCGGGCUUGGUUUCCAGCCGAGUCCUACAUUACAGCCUAAGUUAAGAGCGAAUGGUGUAUCAAAUGAUCAACGUGCUUCGCUGCCCGACAAGAGACGAUCUGCGACACAGAAAGCUAAUGGCACUACCAACGUCGACAUCCCAUCAGAGCCCAAGGCACAGAAAGCUCAGCGAGGCCGUCGCAACUACCGCAACCACGAAGGUGAGAACCGUUUCUUCCUCGGUGGUCUCCUCAUGACCUCCUCCGACAACCCACUUCCUUUUAUCCUCUCUUACUUUCUUCUGCUGGUGCUCGGUGGUCUCUUCUUUGGAUUUGAAGCCGUUUGGUUGUCGGCCAACAUCUCACCUGCACUGAUUGCCAUCUUUGCAUACAUCUGGCUGCUAGCGGUGGUCAAUAUGGGUGUCACUGCUUUCCGUGACCCCGGCAUUAUCCCGCGCGGACUUGACCCUGAUCCGCCCUGCGUGCUUGGCAAUAGCACCUACGAAAGCGGACGCCAAUCUCUCGCAGACCCAGAAGAUCCGCUUGCCACCCCAAUCCAGCGCGUAUUGCGGAUCAGGAACCAAACGGUCAAAGUCAAAUGGUGCGAAACGUGCGGAACCUAUCGACCGCCACGAAGCAGUCAUUGCAGAGUCUGCGACAACUGUGUCGAGAAUAUCGACCAUCAUUGUACCUACCUGAACACGUGUAUCGGCAGGAGGAACUAUGUUAGCUUUAUGGUGUUUUUGCUCACGUCUAUCUUAUCGGCGCUGUGGGUGGUUGGGUGCACAGCGACUAGAAUGGUUCUACUGACCAGGCCAAGCACUUAUCGAUAUCCAAGAGCAAAGGGCGAUGUCGUGGGAAGAGGCUUGAGCUUUAGAGAAGCGUUAGCGAAUACACCUGUCUCAGCGGUGCUGUUCUUGCUGUGUAUUGGAGCAAUACUGCCGUUAAUAGUGCUUUUUAUAUACCACGUUCGACUGGUGCUGUUGAAUAGGAGCACAGUCGAACAGAUCAGGAUCAAUACAGCAAGGGAUUACGGCGAGCACAAAGAGCUGGAGUUGGGGACGCACGAGGAUGAUGCGGCCUCGACCUAUGGUGCUGCUGAGACGAACAGGAGGGGAAGAGGAAGGGGCGGAGGGAUAGUAAGGGCUUUGUUCGAAAGGUUUGGGAUUAUGAAGCCGAAGUAUAAGGAUCCUAAUCCUUUUGCGAGUAGGAGCACAAGGACCAAUGUGAGGAAUGCGCUGGGAUGGAGGAGUGUCAUGUUGGAGAGUUGGAUCGAUAGGAGGGCGGUGGAGGAGGUAGAUGGGAGGCUGCCGCAUCCUAGAGUUGCGUACAAGAGCCAAGGUCAAGAUGCGUGA